AUGUCUCGAGCGCUGGCGUGUGCCCGCGUGCACACGCGCGCCAUGCACACCAGUGUGCGAUGCGCGAAAGAAGAUAUCACGAAGGAAAUGAACUACGUCCUGCGAAAAGACACCAUGCCACUCCAGCAACUGCCCAAGUAUCGCUUCGACGAUGUCUCUACUGUCGGUCAUAUGCGUCUGCAAAAGGAGCGCCAAAUGCUCAAAUACUAUCGUCUCUUGGCCAACGAGUUCCCCAAGCUGAAGGAAUUGCAUGUACCGUUUACCCCCCCACCACCCUCAUCUUUCCUUACUUUCAAGUUCACACACUAUCAGGGCGAAGAACAUCCUGAUACAAGCAAAGUCGUACUUACCUUGGCCGUAAAAGAUCUAUUCGACGCCAAGGCACUCUCUACAUCGCUAGCUAAGCACAAGUUCCUGCUGCUAGCCGGCCCGCGCUGGCAACCACCGCACACGGCGUUGGUCCAGCGCUGGAACGACGCUCUCGCACAAGGCCCGGACGCACUCGAGGCGCUGUGCCAGGGUGAGGGCGAUCUGGGCUCGGUCAAAAUCGCCUCGCAAUCCUUUCCGAAUGAGGCACAAAAUAUGAAGUGGUGCAGCGAUGUGCUGGACCGCAUGGUAUCUGAAUCCCAUGCCGAGCCGGCGCUGCACGACGUGCCGUUGGAUGUGCGUCCGUACACUUCAUCCAAUGCGCGAGGCGGUCGUAAGAGUCGGCCCACCAAACACGACUUCCCUAAGGAGUGGCUUCCGUAG